CACUAACAAUACAGAGUGUGGACCGACAGGUAUCGCAAGUUGCCUAAACAACCCCGAUCAUGUGACAGAACAUGGAUAUUGGAGGUUUAACAGCAGCGAGCUGGCACCCCUCUCCAAGAACUGUUCAAAAGAACCUCGGUGUGCGUAUCCUGCUCCCCGGCGAGGCGAAGGUCCCAAUUUCUCUGUUGUCAAAUAUCACUGUAUUGAAAGACUGAAUGAAACCGAUGGAGCUGUUGCUGCAACUGGUAGUGUUGGUGCAGCCGUUGGAGGAGUUGUGGCCUCUGUCCUGGCUGUGCUGCUUAUAGUAUUAGUCACAGUGUGGUAUUUACGAAAACGGAGAGACAAUACGGGUAAAAAUGAAAAGAAGUCAACCAAUUGUAGGGAUCAAAAGGCUCCCAGCAUUCCCUGUAAUAUGUCACAGAGCCAUUACCAGGAGAUAGAGAACCUGAAGACACGUGGAGAUAUGAGUGAUUAUGAUUAUGCUACUGCUGAUGGUAUAGCGGCUUCUCCAAAUAUGAACAAUUAUUUCACAAUCGAUCCAAUCACUAAACCAAAUACAACACCGAAUCCUUCUACUUCUGCCACUGAAGACGAUUAUGAUCACAUCGGAGACAAACCACCUGUCCUGACCAGUAACUAUGAUACAACAGCAUCGGUUGCCCAAUCAGCAGGCAGUGGGACACUUUCACGGGAAGACGACUAUGGCUAUAAUCUUCUCCAGGAGGCAGCACGCACCAAAACGGUCCAAAAUGACUACGACACUACCGCUUCUGCAAACAAGGCAGUAGCACAGUUAGGAAAGAUUGAGGAAAAGACUGCUGAAGACGACUAUGACCAUUUUCCCGUAACAACACGCUAGCUCUGAAACUCUGAGUUCAUAGACAGGGAAAGUUAGAUGUCGUUCUGAUGAUUAUGCAUUUGCUGGACCAUUGCAGUGAGCAUAUAAGUACUCCCUUUAUAUGUUCGACAUUUCUGGUUAUCAUCAGAUGAAUUAUCAAAGUGCAGUACACCACGGUUAUAACGAACUCAAAGGGACCACAGAGUUUAGUUCGAUGUCAACGUAGUUCGCUUUAAGCAUAUAUACAUGUUUGAACAGCAAAUUGUCGGGAUAAAAAAAUAUGUUAUUUAUAUGCUUUAUAACCGUCAGUUCGUUGUAAGCGUGUCCGUUAUAAAACGUAGUUUACAGUAGUACAUUACAAGAAAAGGCAUGUUGAAUCAUAUUGCACAAAACGCGUUCGCUCGUCACAUCGAAGACCCGGGUUCGAUUCCCAACAUGGGUACAAUGUGAGAAGCGCAUUUCUGGUGUCCCCCGCCGUGAUAUUUCUGGAAUAUUGCUAAAAGCGGCGUAAAACCAUACUCACUCACUCACUCACUCACUCACUCAUAUUGCUUAAAACACUUGUUUUUUAAUCAUACUUUGAAAUAUAGAUGUGCUGAUUAUUUUUUACGUUUAAUCAACUAAAUUUUAGUCAGUUACAUGUUACAUGUAGCUGGCAUCACAUUGGUGUUCACGGUAUUGGAGUAACCGGACUGUGUGACAGUUUGCUGUUGGAAGAGAGUACAGACUCAUGAUCAGAUUGAUGAGGAGCCUCUUAGUUCACCUAAUGACACUGCAGGGGAAGUGAGAGAUUAUUCUGGUGACUAGGUCGUUGCAGGAUCAAUUCAAAUAAGCAUUUGUAUUGUCAUCGCGGAAUUUGGCGUCAUGUUUAACAGCCUAUGUUAUAAACAUUUGUCAACUUGCA